AUGGAAAAGAAGGAAGAAGAUGAUCUUGUAUCUGGAACAUUCACGUGGAAAAUCAAAAAAUUCUCUAACUUGAAUGGCGACGAGUUUUAUUCUGAUAUUUUUGUCGUCGGUGGCUUUAAAUGGCGGGUUCUUCUAUAUCCAAAAGGGAACAAAGGAAAAACCUUCAUAUCCAUGUAUUUGGAUGUUGCAGAUUCCUCAACAUUGCCGUUUGGGUGGACCAGAUAUGCCCAAUUCAGUUUCACCUUGGUUAAUCAACUUGACAGAAUUCUGUCAAAAACAGAAGACACUGAGCAUGAGUUCAAUGCGAAUGAGUGUGACUGGGGAUUCACGAAAUUCAUGCCUGCAAGUGAGAUCCAUGACCUUUCUAAAGGCUAUCUUGUGAAUGAUACUUGUCUUGUUGAAGCUAAUGUUUCAGUUCGUAAGCGGGUGAUAUUAAAAUCUUAG